AUGCCUUUAGUUCGCAUCUUGGAAGAGAUACGUGAUUUAGAACACGGUUCAGCAGUAACAAAUCUAACUAUUGGUCCUGCACAGGAAAAUACAGGUCCUCUUCACUAUCAGGCAACUAUGAUCGGCCCGAAUGGCAGCCCAUUCGAAGAUGGUAUUUAUGUACUAGACAUUCUGUUCAGAGAGAACCAUCCGUUCAGCCCACCUGUAAUAAAAUGUUUGACUAGAAUCUUUCAUCCCAAUAUUGACGAAGACGGAAAUAUUUACAUCGGCAUAUUGCACCAUCGUUGGAAUCCAUGUCUGACAAUCGAGAAAACUCUUCUAUCAAUCCAAUCCCUAUUGUCAUCUCCUGACGCAGACACGCCAUCUCCGGGUAACAGUAUAGCAGCAUGUGUCUUUCUACAGAAUCGCACCGAAUACGAAACCAUCGUUCGUGAGUGCACACAGAAAUAUGCUAUGUGA